AUGACAGAGGAAGAAGAAAACCUCUAUUGGGUAGAGCAGGAAGAACUGGCCGAGAAUCAGGCUCGGAUCCACCGCAGCCAACGCCGACAAGCUCGCAAGGCUGCUAGAAAUCUUGAUGAGAUCCAUGAUCUCCGCAAGUACAUCGCAAAACUUGCGGCAGAAGUCAAGGCGAUCGACAGACUUCUCGAGGAAGCGCGGAAAACUCCGUUCACUGCCCGGAUCACGGAAACUAACAUCUCAGAUUCUGGGAAGAUCAAAAUUCCCGUCUACGACGGCACCACCGACCCGAAGGCGCAUGUGCAGUCUUUCCAGAUCGCGUUGGGAAGGUGUAAACUCAAGGAACGCGAACGAGACGUUAGCUAUUGCCUCCUCGUCGUCGAAAACCUCAAAGGAGCCGCGCUCGAAUGGUUUUCUCGUCUGAAACGAAACUCCAUCGGAAGUUUCCGUCAGCUCGCCUCGGAGUUUCUCAAACAGUAUUCCAUGUUCAUAGACAGGGAAACCUCAGACGUCAACCUUUGGAGUCUAUCUCAAAGAGAAGAUGAACCACUCCGCGAAUUCAUGAACAGGUUCAAGCUGGUAAUGGUAAGAGUCACUGGAACCAGCGACAAAGUGGUAGUCGACGCUUUGCGGAAAACUCUCUGGUACAGGUCGAAACUCUGGCAAUGGAUAUCCCUUGAAAAAACGAGAACAAUCCAGGACGCUCUUCGCAAGGCAACAGACUUCAUCAAGAUGGAAGAUGAGAUGAAAGUCCUCUCCCAGAAGUACAACCCGCAAAAGACGUCUGCGAGAAGGAAAAACCCUCGCAACGACAGGUAUGCCCACCACGAGGGAGAAGAUCUCCAGGGCGAGCAUAAUUACGCUAUCAACUCCGAACAGGGAAAGACUUCCGGAAAUACCUGGAACAGGAACCAGUUCAAGGAUAAUUCCUACUGCGAGUUCCACAAGACCAGAGGUCAUUCCACUAUGAACUGCAAGGUUCUCGGUGCAAGGCUUGCUGCGAAGCUCCUCGCCGGCGAAAUUUCGAAGGUCACAUGCAUAAAAGACCUCCUCCUGGAUUCCGAUCGCCCUCCCAAAACUGAUAAAGAGUCCCCCGAAAAUGACACCCGCGAAAAUCAGUCGGGCGAGAAACACGGAAGGUGGCAGGAUGACCGAGAAAAUGACAGCAACCGUAGAAGGGUGAGCAUGAUCAUCGGGGGAUCGCAAUUCUAUCGCGAUUCGAUCUCGUCGAUCAAAGCUUAUGGAUGGAAGGCUGAGACGAGUUCAAGCUGGCUGGCUCGGUCCCCAACCGACGACGCCCCUAACGAUACGAUCGUGUUCGAAGAGCGGGAAACCAUCGGAAUCGACAAACCUCACUGCGACCCAUUGGUUAUCUAUCUGGUAAUCCGAGACCUAGAAGUGGGAAGGAUCCUUAUCGACACGGGAAGCACAGUCAACGUCAUAUUCUGCGAUACCCUCCGGAGGAUGAACAUCGAACUCGGAGAAGUCAUCCUGGAACCAAUACCUCUCACCGGUUUCUCAGGUGCAACGUCAAUGACCCUCAGAUCAAUCAACUCCCAGUGA